AUGGGUCUCAGAAGUAGAUUUUCCAGCUUUGCUAAACAUACCGAUGCGCUAACCCCUGUCGAUCCAUCUGGAAGGAUUGAUCCACAGUCCGGCGUGGCAGUUGAAAAGAAAUCUAAAGCGGAGCGAUUGUUCGUCGCUCGGCUCGAUGCAAUUCUGCUCGUUUAUGGAUGUAUCAGUCAGGUCAUCAAGUAUCUCGAUCAGCAGAACAUUAACGCCGCAUAUGUGUCUGGCAUGAAAGAAGAUCUAGACUUGUACAGGAACGAGUAUAACUACUUCCAAACUUUCUUCAAUGUCGGGUAUGCAGUCUUCCUGAUUCCCUCUCAAGUCAUCAUCACGAGGGUCAGACCAUCAUGGUGGCUCCCUGCUCUGGAAUUUUGUUGGGGUAUUCUCACCCUUUCUCUGUACAAAGUCACUUCUGCCAAGCAAAUAGCGUUUUGCGGAGCGUUUGAAGCUAGUGCCUAUCCUGGUACGCUGAUGAUUUUGAUGUCAUGGUACACACCGCAAGAGAUCGCCUUCCGCAUCGGCUUCUACCACAGCUGUCAGACUGUGGGAAAUAUGCUCGCAAACGCCUUGCAGGCCGCCAUUUACAAGAGUUUGAACGGGCACGGCGGUCUAGAGGGCUGGAGGUGGAUGUUCAUGGUGGACGGUAUCAUGACUAUGGUCCUAGCCCUAUUCGGAUUCUUCAUCCUCCCUGACUUCCCAUCCAAGCCCAACCCAUGGUCUUUCUGGCUCCGUGACCGACACAUUGAAAUGGCCAAAGAGCGGACCGAACGAUUCCGAAGAAGCGACAACAAGAAGUUCACCUGGGCCACCAUCAAGCGAACUAUAAGGUCACCGCUCAUCUACUUCUUCGCUACCCUUUACCCUGCUGCUGUGCUGGCCCAACAGGGUUACAGCUACUUCCAGCUGUUUCUGAAGAGCUUGAAAAACGCCGAUGGAACGCCAACAUGGAGUGUCGAGCAGCUCAAUGCCAUUCCUAUCGGAGGAGGAGCCAUAACAGUCGUCACCGUCUGGGUUUAUUCUUUCCUCUCUGACUACUUCCAAACUCGCUGGCUCAUUGUCAUGGCCCAGGCCGUCUUCGGCUUGAUCCCUUGUAUCAUCAUGAGUAUCUGGAACGUCCCUCUCGGAGCCAAGUACUUCUCAUUCUUCGCGACCUAUCUUUCCCUCGCGACCGCUCCGCCAAUCUUCGCCUGGAUGUCUGAUCUGAGUCCGCAUGAUUCGGAGCAAAGAGCUUUCAUACUUGGUCUCUCUAUCGCCAUGUAUUACGCCGUUGGUGCGUGGUCAAACAUUCUCAUCUGGCCCACGGUGGAAGCUCCGCAUUACCGACAUGCGUGGCAAAGCUGUAUCGCCCUUUGGUGCUUGGUCAUCAUCGAACUUAUCUUACUCCAUCAAGUGGAAUUGCGAUAUAUCCGACCGAGGAAUCAGCGCAUCGCUCAGGAGAAGUGGGAGGCCAUGAUGGCUGCAGAAGUGCCGAACAAGUUGUCCAGAGAAGGAGAGACUAUUCAAGGAGAAGUUGAGGGCAGCGUGGAUACGAAAAAGGAUCCAGCCAUAGGUAGAAUCCAAUCUGCUUCGACCGCAUGA